GUUGAUGCUUUUUCCCAUGUCGGAGGGAGCAUAGUAUACCCCCACACGUGUGAGGAAUUUAGGUGAAAUAAUGUUGAAUAUAAUGUAAUCUACUAUUGGUCUUUGUUCUUGAUAUUGGCUUGUGGUUAACGCCAACGGAGAUCCCCAUAACCACAAAAUUAUAAACCCUGAUUCUGCCCUAUCCCCACCCGCUUCACUUUCCCAUCAUCCAAACACCAUAAUCCAGAUGCCCUGCUUGAACAUCUCAACCAACGUCAAUCUCGACGCCGUCGACAUCUCCUCACUACACUCCGACGCCACCGCCGCCGUCGCCGCCCUCCUCCGGCGCCCCGAGGCGCACGUCAUGGUUGUUCUCAAGGGAUCCGUUUCGAUUACAUUCGGCGGCAGCGCCGAUCCUGCCGCCCACGCCGAAUUGAUGUCCGUCGGCGGUUUUAGUCCCGAUGUUAACCAACGCCUCUCCGCUGCCAUUGCCGCCAUUCUUGAAGCCAAGCUUUCCGUCCCUAAACACAGAUUCAUCCUCAAAUUUUACGACGUCAAGGGCUCUGAUUGUGGAUGGAACGGCUCCACCUGCUAAGGCAAGAUUCUGUUAUAUGCAGCUUUAAUUUCAUCUCGAUUUCAUCGGCUACCCAAUUUUAGUAAACUGCUGUCUAACAAAAAAGAGAUCCAAUACAAAAAUUGAUAAUAUUUCCUGAUUUGGUUGGCUUAA